GUCGUCGAAUAUCGUCUCAAUCUGAGCGUCACGAGUGCGCGUCCAUCUUCUCCGUCGUCAAAUAUCGUUUCGAUCUGAGCGCCACGAGUGCGCGUUCGUGUCCGCUCACGUUAUCAUUACGCCGCGUACGCGUUUUCCGUCCCGUCAUUCGCCGUCGUGCAAAUACACAACUUGCCGACGCCGUCGUGUCCGCUAACCGCUUACGUUAUUUUAACGCCACGUACUCGUUUGUACGUGUCUCGUUUGCCGCCGUGCAAGUACGUUCCCUUCAGACUGUCGCGACACGAUAUUCAUCCUGUACGGCCAUACGAGUGUGCGUAACGUUGUAACGACUAACCGUUCGGGCGAUACGAGUGAGCGAUUUUCACUUGUCGUUCGUGCAAACGUUAUCGGCCGACAGUCAUAAUACACUCGCUGACGAUUUCACCUGCAAGUUGCUGUGCUAAGACAUCCAAGCCCUGGACUUCAUAAAUAUAGGUACAAUUUAAAAUGCAACAUGUCAACAUUCAACAAAACUUUACACAUGUGGUUGAAGCUGAUGAAUUUCUAUCGCUAUCAUCUGAACAGUUAGUUAGGCUGAUCCCCAGUGAUGAGCUUACGGUGCUAUGCGAAGAAAAAGUAUUUGAAUGUAUGGUUUGUUGGGUAAAGCAUGACUCAGAUUCUAGAAAAUGUAUUUUACCCCAAUUGUUGGAACAUGUUCUUUUACCAUUAACAUCGGAAUCAGGAACUCUAAAAAGUGUAGAAGCAUACAGACCAAGUACAGGAGUUUGGAAUACAAUGGCAGACAUGCAUUUGCCUCGAAAAAAUCUAGGUGUCGUUGAAUUUGAAAGAUUAUUGUAUGCAGUCAGUGGACGUGACGGAUUAUCUAUUUUGGAUCCUGUAUAGUUUUACAAUCCCAUCACAAAUACUUGGACCAUGCUAGGAGCGUCAAUGAAUGUACCACGGUGUUAUGGGGGAGCAGUAGCCAAUGAUAGACCAUCUAAUAUUUAAACUGUGUUAGCAUACAUGAUUUUACAAACAUCCUACAGACAUAAAUAUGAAAAAAAAAUGUAUACUAUAGAUCUAUCAAAUAAUUUAUAAAGUAUAACAAAUAUACUGAUAUACAAAUA